CCGCCCUCUAUAGUUACCUGUCACCCUCAUAUCCUCAAGUAGCCGACUGUCCCUCAGACUUGGUUCUCCAUUGGCCUCUCCAAGCACGCGCCAAUCUCUGAUGCCUUUGUGUCGCAUUGACCGGAUGGUUAUGACUUGACUCUGAUCUCACCGUUACCUUGUACUCUUGGACUUGACGUUGCUGGAACUGCAAUUGUCUUUCAAUUGCCUGUGUACUGGCCCAGCCAUAGUCGUCAUCAUGUCAUUACCCUCGGACGUUCGCGCGAAGUACAUCGCCAUCAUCGACGGAAUUCUUGACGGCGCCGAUCUCACGACUAUUACGAGGAAAGAUAUCAUCAAGGGGAUCCAGGACAAGGUUGAAUACGAUAUUACUCCGCAUAAGGUGGCGAUCAAGUUCUUAAUCAACGAGAGAUUCGAUGUCAUCAAUGCGAAGGAGAAUGGAGAAGCCACAGUCAUACCCUCGGUCGAGCCGACAGAACCGGCACCAAAGACCAAUGGUGUCCAUGCGAUCACACCGAAUUCGCCCUCAAGGUCGCCUGUAAAACGUGAAGCUAAGAACGAAAGUGUCUCUGAUGUAGCAGAUGCACCGCCAAAGAAGAAGCGCAAGGCCAGUGUUGAUGCCGACGCAGCAUAUGCUGCUCGUCUCCAGGCCGAGGAAGAUGCACGAGCUCGUCCAACGCGCGGCGGUACGACUAGGAAGGCAGGACCUGCCAAGAAGAAGAAAAAGACGAAGAAGGAGAAGGUCACUGGUUCCGACGACUCCGAUAUCGACGACGAGGACAAACCGCAGAAGCCGAAGCGUGAGACAGGGUUCCACAAACCACUCAACCUUUCACCAGCCUUGUCAAACUUGCUCGAUGGAGCAACACAACUAUCACGUCCUGAAACAACCAAGAGGUUAUGGGCAUAUAUCAAGGGAAAUGAUCUGCAAGACCCUAGUGACAAACGAUUCAUUCUCUGCGACUCGAAGAUGCGGGAGGUUUUUCGGCAAGACAAAGUCCAUAUGUUCACCAUGACCAAAUUAGUUUCUCAGCAAAUGUACAACCCUGACGAAUGAUCUACGAAUGCGGAAAAGAAUUGCUUGGGCCUGGGAUGUGCCUAUUACUUCGAUUCAAGAUUGGCGUUGAAUACCUACAAACGGACAACAGGGUUGAGAGCGAGAUAACGAACUUGGGGCAAUUGCCGGUGUAGGCAGUGAAAGUUCGGCAGAUGAAUGCUAUCAGUAUAGAGCUCCAGCGGAUAGUUUUCUGCUUCUAAUGACCAUUUCAGGAGGGACAGCCUUGCUGACUAAAUGUGUUCCAACACUGGCUGUUCAUUCUGGA